ACCAACUCAGUAUAUGGUUUGUUGGUCAACGUGCUCACAUCGAUUGGUAUUAUAAACUUAUAAACUAAAAAUGAAGCUGUGGAUUUUUAUCUUAGUUAGCCUGGCUUUAUUAUCCUUGGCUGCGACAAAGAGGGUAAAGAAUCGAAAGAAAGCUGCAAACGCCAAAGUUUCUGAAAACGAUUUAGCAUCCAACAUCUCUGCAUUAUGGGAGAAGGUAAACAGAAUUGGAACUGCUGGUGGUGCUGGUGGUGUACAGAUUCACGUUCAUGGGAUGGGAGAAGCUGAUACACAUAUGGAUGACCAUGCUGAUGGAACACACAUCCAUUUACACAUGCAUCUAGAUGAUGACCAUCACAGACGCCACCACGAUUACCAUGACGACCACCACGGUAUGCACCAUGGUCACAGAAACGAAACACAAGAAUAUGAAUAUGCUGUGUGUCAUGUACACCCCAACACCGCUCUACCAGCAGAUCAACAACAACCUAUAAAUGGAACCAUAUACUUUAGACAAAAGCAUGGCAAACAUUUAGAGGUUAAAGUCCGUUUGACCGGAUUCGAUAUGUCUGGUGAUCACGCUGGCCAUGUUCAUGGUCUUCACGUGCAUGAGUUCGGCGAUUUAAUUGAUGGUUGUCAAUCACUGGGAUCCCACUUUAACCCUGAUGGUAAAGAACAUGGUGGUCCUGAAGGAGAACACAGACAUAGUGGUGAUUAUGGUAAUAUUGAAUGUGAUGUACAUGGUGAGACUUACAAGACGUUCUAUGAUCACCAUACAGAUCUAGAGGGACACUAUGGUGUUCUUGGAAAGGGAUUAGUGAUUCAUAAAACCGCAGAUGAUUUAUCAGACUCGGGUUCUGCAGGAGAUCGAUUGGCGUGCUGUGUUGUUGUAAGUGCAACUAUAGACCAUUGGGAUACCAUCCAUGGUGAACGCGAGGAACAUAUUGUUGUUGAUGAUACGGAUCAUCAUGAACUUCACGGAGUUCAUCACCAUAAUCAUCAAGAAUAUCAUCACGGAGACCAUCACGAUGACCAUCACAAUCUCCACCACACUGACCACCACGAUGACCACCACGAUGAUCAUCACGGAGAUCACCACGAUCACCACCACGAUGAUCAUCACGAUGGUCAUCACGGAGAUCAUCACGAUCACCAACACGUUGACCAUCACGGAGAUCACCACGAUCACCACCACGAUGAUCAUCACGAUGGUCAUCACUGAGUUUAUCACGAUCACCAACACGCUGACCAUCACGAUGACCAUCACGGAUAUCACCACGAUAACCACCACAAUGAUCAUCACGAUGAACAUCAUGGAGACGAGCAUGAUCAUGGUCAUAAACAGGCGCAUAAGGACCAUAACAAAGAACACAAACGCAAGCUUGGUAUAAAUAAGAAAUUAAAGAAGAAUCAUUAAUAAAAUUGAAGCUAACCCAGAAUCUUUCGUUAAUGAUAAAGUUAAAAAUUGGAAAUACUUAUAUGUUUUUGAUAUGUACACGUAUACUGUAGUUUAAUAAAUAAUCUGUACUCUAA